GAACGGCACUAAGUGAUGACAAGUUCACUACAAAACUGUCAAAAGCGAGCUGAAAAUGACAACCUAGCAACGGGCUUUGCAUGGACCUGUUGUCUUCCUAAGACCUUGGCCAGGCUGCACGGUUCGCCGGACAGCUCAGCAACCGGCAAGGUGAACAUCCAGCUGCUUUGCCCCCCGCGCCGCAACCUUUCACUCAAGCGGCAGGUGUCGAAGGAGGUGGAAACGCGCGCACUGAUUUCGCGCGUCGCCCAGUACUACGCGAGCUACGUCGCGGAGAUGGGGCUGGAGCGGUACUUCAUGAACGAAACGAUCGUGACGACGGUGGUGCCGCUGGACGGGAAGUGCGAGACGGUGCUGCCGGAGCGUUUCCGCAACGGCCGGUGGAUCGUAGCGGGAUUCAACCGAAUGACGAACAAACGGUUCGCGAUCGUGUGCCAAAACCUCGUCCUGGCAAACGGUGCCUCCGAUCUGGCGAACCGGCUCGGCGUGAAGGGCGAGGGGCUGGAGAUGCCGUGGGUGAAGUACGAGCUGCCCCAUCUCGAGCGGGCGCUGGAGCAGUACGACGAGCCGGGCCGCUCCCAGCUCAAGCCGGUGCUGAUCGUGGGGGCGGGGCUGAGUGCGGCCGACGCCGUCACGAUCUGCCGCUCGUCCGGCAUCCCGGUGGUGCACGUGUACCGCAACCGGACGGCCGGGCUUGACAAGAUGCUGCCGGGCAACGUGUACCCGGAGUACCACGAGGUGCACAAGAUGAUGAAGGACGCGAACCGCAAGCACGACCUGUACACCCCGCUGCCCGAGCACACGCUAGUGGAUCUGGCGGGGGCCGGCCGCGUCACCGUCCAGCACCUGAAGACGGGCGAGCGGCGCGUGCUGGACGUGUCGUACUGUGCGAUACUGAUCGGGUCCCGGCCCGACCUUCGCUUCAUCGCCACGCUGACGAAGCCGGCGGCGGGCGGGGACGGCAACGCCUGCCCCGACUCGGAAAUGGAGGACGACUUCGGGCGGCCCCCGGUCCAGCCGCUCACGAUGUGGACGUUUACCGAGCAGCUGCUGACCUCCUGCCUCGGCCGGAAGCUGUACUGGCUGAAGCACAUGUGUGCCAAAUGCAAACACAUCAACCUCACCGAUAAACCGCGCCACCAACAUCACAAGCAGCUGCAGCAGCAGCAGCAGCACUACAACGCACCGGCGCUCAGUGCGGGCGGCGGUCAAAAUGUGCAUCAGCUAGGGGCGUCCAAUCUAAGCGCCGCCUCGGGGCUGGGCCUCGGCGAAGAUCCGACCAAACCGAUCGACUGCAAAAACAAUCCAAUCGAGGUGGAUAAGUACACGAACGCGGUACUGCGCACGGCCCAUCCCGGCCUGUACGCGAUGGGACCGCUGGUGGGCGACAACUUUGUGCGCUUCAUACCCGGCGGUGCGCUCUGCAUUACCACCGCCCUGCACAAGCACACGGAAAACGAUUGA